GAUUUAGAAAGUGUAUUUUUUCUUUGAAAUAUUUAACAUGACGUCAGAGACGCUAAUUGAGUUCUAGCAUUAUUUAUCUGGGUCGAUAGAGGGCGUUGGAAAUUUGCCUUGCCAAGAUCGACAAAGAUUUAAAGUUCAGCCCGUCGUGACUUUACAGUAGAAUUCAAGAUAAUCGGUACAAGUCCAAUGUUAUUGAACAUGCUCGAUGGUAUGCUCGAUGGUAUGCUAGGUCGCAUGCUUGAUGGUGUACUUGAUGCAUCGUAUGAUAACUGGAAAUUCUGCGUCACCGAGUCUUUUUGUUUUGAGUACUGUCAACUGUCUAGUCACUCGUAGUUAUACGUCACACAAAGUUCAAUAACAAAGUUCAAUAACAAUCGUCACCGUUAAAAACAGUCGUCACCGUCAAGAGCAGUCGUCACCGUAAGUCAGCCAUGAGUGGAUCAUCUGAAAGUAUCAAGCCAGAGGACUCAGCCAGUCAAGCUGGUAAGAGUUCAACAGCGUCAUCAAGGAUAAAUACGAAGGCCAGGAAGGCAGCCCUGGCAGCGGAGCUAGCAUCCUUAAAGGGACAGCAAGAGUUAGAGCUUCAAGAAUUUCAACUACAGCAAAGGAAGGCACAGUUUAUGUUAGAAACUAAGCUCAAAGUUGCAGCAGCAGAAGAGGCUGUAUAUGAACAAUAUGAUCAGCAUCCCAGUCAACUCGACAUUAAGAUAGAACCCACAAGUGAACAACUUGGUCAACAGCAGCAGCCCGUUCAGCCACAGAUUCAGGUUAGCGAGCGUAACAACAAUGUACAGCAGGAGAAUUUGGAAGACACAAUGCCAUACCCACAGCACAACCAAGAUUUGUAUCAGUAUCAGCAAACACAGCAUCGUUUGUUGGAAGCGAUAAGCCUAUCCAAUGUGGAAAUCAUGAAGUUUAACGGUAACCCUUUACACUAUCAUGAGUUCAUGGCAUGUUUUGAUAAUUUGAUAGGCUCGUCUACACUAGACAGAGGGACAAAGCUCAUGAAGUUGUAUCAGUGCUGUGAAGGUGAUGUCAAGAACAUCAUACAGUGUUGUAUGGUAAUGGAUCCAGUGCUAGGAUAUCAACGCGCCAGAGAAUUACUGAGAGAACGCUUUGGCAGUAGAUUUAAGAUAGGAGAAGCGUGGAUCGAAAAGCUAACUAAUGGUUCAGCACUUCAUGCAAAUGAUAGAACUGGACUACGCAAGUUUGCUGAUGAAUUACAGGUAUGUCUUGAGACCCUUAAGGCAUUGAAUCUAACAAAGGAAAUCAGCAGUAACAGAGAGCUGGUCAAACUGGCAGAAAGACUCCCAUUUCAUCUCAAGGCUAGAUGGUUGAAAGUAGUGAGAGACAUUAGACAAAGAGGUCGCUCUCCAGAUAUCGCUGACAUGGUGAAAUUUGUAUCUGAUGCCGCCGAAGAAGUUAACGAUCCAGUCUUUGGUGAGCUGACUGCGACUUCUCAAAGAUCAGCAUCUAAACCAAGCUUCAACAAGCAACAUUCCAAGAGCAGCUACUCUACAGCAGUCACUGAUAAUUCAAGCUUUCCUAAGCCCAAGAAGUGCUUCAAGUGUCAUCAAGACCAUACUUUGUUUGGCUGUGACAGCUUUAAGUCCCUGACACCUGAUGAGAGAUUUAGAUUUGCACAAGAAAACAGACUUAUGUUUCAAUUGCUUGCAACAAGGUCACACCAGCAGAGUUUGCAAGUUGAACAGAACUUGCUCAGUUCCAGGAUGUCAGAGAAAACAUACAAAGUUCCUCCAUGUAAUUCAAAAAAGCUUAUCACCUGUAAGAGGUACUCCACAUCAAGACGUAGAGAAUCAGCCUCAACCAAAUAA